AUGUCGCAUUCAGCAACUCAGCGUUCAUACCUUAAGGAUAUUCAGCAACUGUACCGGACGAUUGAGACUUCAACAGAUGGUCAAGCUUCCAUACUCUGCGUCGGUGAAAUGUCAGUUGUGAUCUCGCUGCAUCCGAAAUCUGGUUACAACGCACACGCUGCCUUCACUGUGAACAUUAACUGUCCCGUGUCCUAUCCAAGGGAGGGUCCAAAAGUGCUAUUCAUCUCACCAAUCUUCCAUCCCAACAUCGAUAAUUCAUCGGGCAGCGUUUGUUUAAAUUUUCUCAAUGAAUGGCUCAGCUGUUACAAUCUGCUGGAUGUAGUAAAGGCCCUGCUCUACCUAAUUGAACAUCCGAAUUUUGAAUCAACAAACAACACAUUUGGGUACCUGGAGAACACAGACCUGUUGGUAAAGAAGACGAUGCGGCUGUUGGCAGGUCUGCCGGUGAAUGGCCAACGGUUUGCUCCGAACCAAGCCUGGUGCGAAUGGGCAGAGGCCCAUGGAUGCCUUCCAAUCGGCGAGGAAGAGGAUGACGAAAAUGAUGGUGCCAGUAAUGUUGUGGAAGAUGUGACGCAGAUGGUUGGUGUAGGUGACGGGCAAGAAUCGGGUGAUGAGCAUGACGUUGUGUCUGAUGCUGUUGCCUCUGUGUACAAGGCAGAUGUCAAAGAAAAGCGUGAUGGUGACGCCGCCGUUUUCGACGAGAAUGUUCUCUCAUUUGCAAACAUUCGAUUCUCCGUUGGUUCAGAGACCGAUUCACAAUCUUCGCCGCCCUAUAGACGCAAAUAUGCGCUCGUACACAUAGAAAUGCAACGUAUCAAUAUUUGGAAUCCAACUGAUAGUCCCAAUGCCAAUACCCCGUCUGUGUUCUACUUCUGCGAGCUUGUCGGUGAUCGGUACACUCAAAUGGAAUUUCAUAGUCUCUACAGCACUUUGUUCACUGGCGAUGUGUUGCGCUGCAUGCAAAGUCGUCUGGAAUCGAGACAAACAUCGAGUCUAUGUCCAUGGUACAUUUUUUACCAACAUACGCACUAUUCCAAUCACUCGAGCUCCACUUCCGUCUUCGACCUUUCCUUCCUAUUCACUAAGAAAUUUAAUAGACCAGAAUUGACCGAUGACUUUUGUCCGUGGUCUCAUGCAGACGGGGGAGGUAUUUGGGACAUCUUGGGUAGCCUGUUUAAACGACGACGAAGCUCAGCACCGAGCACGCCAUCACAAGACGCUGUACAAGGCUUCGACAUGGCGUUUCUUUUCAACACGAGUUUUGAGGUGGAGGAUAGUGACGUUGACAAAGAGUGUGGAAAAGAAGAAGGAGAAGAUGAGAAGGACGAGGAUAAUGGAAUGGAAACGUUGGAAGUACUUGAAAGAGAAGAGAAGAAAUUGGAUAAUCUGGCAACUUCUGAUAAAGCAGCAUCAGAUUUGGAGGAGAAUAAGCCGUGUUAUGUUGAUGGCAAUGAAGACGGGGGAAACGGCAAUACUGGGGUGGACGAUGAAGAAAUGAGUACUUAUGACCAAAUUAAUCUUCCUGAAGACACUCAGACUUACGAGUCAUCGAGAACAUACGAAAUGGAACCAGAGGUGGUUAGUGGAUUAAAUGAUGAUGGGUGGAUUAUGAAUGACUACAUGUGGUGCGUAGGCACACUAAAUGCAGACAUGCAGCCACAGUGGCAGUGGUUUUUUCGUCAGACACGAUGGCCAUUCCGAUUCGCUCCACAGCAGAAAGUUGAUGUGUCUGUGCAUGAGAAUCGGAUCCCGCCAUGGCGAGCGAGUGUCGGGCGUCUGCAUUUGGAUGUCUACAAUUUUUGCAAACAAAACCGCCAAAUGCAAAAUCUCAUUCUCCUCAAUCCCUUGGCUUUGUCACCGCUUUCGCCACUGCUCAAUCUGAUGCGACACGCCGUGGAACCGAAAGCUCACCUGACAGGCAUUUUGUGGAUGACUCCACUUGAUGCCCUUUCUCCCUUAUACCAAGUCCCCAUUCCCCGUCAAGAUGGGAAUUCCGAGGGGGAGGAGUUGAAGAAGCACCCCUACCCGCGACCACUUUACCUGCGAUUUCUCACUCUGGGCGCCUUCCUGUCAAAUUGGCUUGCCUGGUUCUCUCGAAUUGAGACUUAUUCGUCAUUGGGCAUAUCUCGUUUUCCACCAGCAGCUGUGUCCGACCCCGUGGCAGGCUGUCACAGUCUGCUGAAUGCAGUGAAGACCCUCCUCUACCUCAUUGAAAAUCCGAAUUCUAAAUCAGCAAACAAGUCAUUUGAAUACCUGGAGAACAGAGACAUGUUGGCAAAGAAGACGAUGUGGAUGUUGGCAGGUCUGACUGUAAAAAGCCAAGAGUUUGCUCCGAACCAGGCAUGGUGCGAGUGGGCAGAGGCCAACGGAUGCCUUCCAGUUGGUGAGGAAGAUGACGACAGGCAACAUAAAAGGCCUUCUGGCGCAGGCCUUCUUCUGGCGUUUUGUGUGGAUUGCAUGCAGGUAUCUGUCAAUGAGUACAACAAUACCACCGAUGUAGUGGUUUCUACAUUUGAAGUAGAUGACGUGGGCUAUCUGAUGUCGCAUUCAACAACUCAUCGUUCAUAUUUAAAGGACAUUCAACAGCUCUACCAGGCGAUUGAGACAUCGACAUCCGGCCAAGCUUCCAUACUCUCAGUCGAUGAGAUGUCAGUGAUGAUCUCGCUGCAUCCCAAAUCUGGUAACAACGCUCAUGCUGCUUUCACUGUGAAAAUAAAGUGUCCCGUGUCCUAUCCAAGGAGUAGUUCAGAAGUGACAUUCACCUCACCAAUCUUCCACCCCAACAUCAGCAAUAGUUCAGGAGACAUUUGUCUAAAUCUUCUCGAUGAAUGGCUUAGCUGCUACAGUCUUCUGCAUGUGGUGAAAUCUCUUCUCUACCUAAUCAACAACCCUAAUUUUGAAUCGCCAAACAAUACGUUCGCAUUUCUGGAAAACAGUGACCUGUUGGCAAAGAAGACGAUGCGGGUGUUGGCAGGUCUGCCGGUGAAUGGGGAACGAUUUGCGCCGAACAAGGCAUGGUGCAAGUGGGCAGAGGCCCAUGGAUGGUGUCCAGUUGGCGAGGAAGAGGAUGACGAAGGGAAUGGCGAGGUGCGGGCGGUUUGUGUGGAUAUCAGGCAAAAAUCGGAUGAUGAGGAUGACGGUGUCUCUGAUGUCAAUGCCUCUGCCUUCAAAGACAAUGGCAAUAGAGAAUUCGAUGGUGGUGCAGCCGUGUUUGACGAGAAUGUUCUCUCAUUUGCAAAUAUGCAAUUUGUCGUAGCUUCGGAGACUGAAUCGCAAUUUUUGCCGUCCUUUGAAAUCGAACAAACAGACGGAUAUAUUGAGACCCAGCGUAUCCUUAUUUGGAGUCCGGCUGGUAGUCCCAAUGCCAAUAUCUCCUCGGUGUUCUACUUCUGCGAGCCCCUCGGUGAUGAUUCUUAUCGGAUGGAAUUUCACGAUCUCUACAACACGCUGUUCACCGGCAAUGUUUUGCACUCGAUGCAAAGCCAUCCUGAAUCGAGACAAACAUCGAGUCUCUGUCCGUGGUAUAAUUUUUUCCAUCAUGAGCAUUAUUCGAAUCAGUCAAGCACGGCUUCUGUCGCCGACCUAGCCUUCUUCUUUUCUGAAAAAAUGUUAACGAAGCCCAUAUUGGCCUACGACUUUUGUCCGUGGUCUCAUGUUGAUGGAGGAGGUAUUUGGGGCAUUUUGGGUGGACUGUUUUGUGAGCGACGACGACGAUAUUGGACUAAGAACACAUCUGUGGAAAACAGUGUGAGUGGCCAUAUUUUGGCUAUUCUCUUCAACACCAGUUUUGAAGGGGAGGACAGUGACACUAACAAAGAAUAUAAAGUUGAUGAAGAAGAAGAUGAAGUAGUAGAGGAAGAGGACGAAGAAGAUGAAGAAGAAGAGGGCGACGAAAAUAAGGAACACGAAGAUGAUGAUGGUUAUAGAGAAGAAGAAGAAGUCAAAGAUGAAGAAGAGGACGUAAAAGAAAUGGCAGAAUGUAAUGGAGCGGAGACACUAAAACAAGUAGACGCUAAUGAGGAGGAAGUGAAGGAGGAUGCGGAAAAGUUGGGAUCUAGCGAAGAAGCAGAUUCACUUUUGGAAGACUAUGGAAUGGGUGAUGUUGAUGGUGCUGAUGAAGUGCAAAGCAACACUGCUGAAGUUAAAAUUGAGGACGUUUCAUCUUAUGAUAAUUUUACUGUUACCAAAGACACGCAGUCAUCGAGGUCUUCAAAAACAUACGUAGAGGAAGAGCCAGAUUGGGACGACAGUGGAUACUUCACAUUUGACUACUUUGACUGUGUGGAAAAAAUCAACACGAAAAUGCAGCCACAGGGGCAUUGGUUUUUUCGUCAGACACGUUGGCCUUUUCGUUUCGCUCCACAGCAGAAAGUCGAUGUCACUCCACGGAACCCUAAAGCCCACCUGACUGGUGUUCUGUGGAUGACCCUAGUUGAUGCUCUUUCUCCCUUUCACCACGUCCCUAUUCCUCGUCAAGAUGUCAGAGGUGAGGAAGAGGUGGAGCGCCCAUACCCGCGACCACUUUAUCUGCGAUUGCUCACUCUGACAGCCUUUCUGUCCAAUUGGCUUGCCUGGUUCUCUCGAAUUGAGACCUAUUCGUCGUUGGGCAUAUCACGUUUUCCGACAUCAGCUGUCUCCGACCCCGUGGCAGGAUGCGUGUUGUGA